UAACGAUCGGAAUUUAUUAACAUUCGAAAGUUUAUUGAAAUUUAAAAAAAGAAAACAAUUUUUUUAAAAGGAAUAUUAGAGUUUUAAAUUAGUAACUCGAAAAAGGUUUUAAAACAACAGGAAAAAAAAUGGAAGCUGCAAAUUUUAUCAGCCCUCUUCAGGCAGUGCAAACGAUUUCAAUAAUUAAUUAUUUAAAUACACUCAGCGAUUUUUUAUUUGCCAGUAAUUUUCUAAAUGAAACAAAUCAAUAUCAACCAAUACCAAUUGUUAAUGCUUUGUAUAAUUACAUUUUCGACGACUACGAAGAAGACAGAAGUAAUAUAAUUGAACUAAAUUUAUUAACAAAGGAAAAAAUGAUUCCAAUUGAUUACAACAAAUACAAUUAUUCCACCAUCAACUAUCAUGAAAAUCGAACGAAAAUCAUUAAUGAUCGAAAAAUAUAUUUGGCACAAAAAUUAAUCGAAGGCACCGAUUUGUAUGGAGCUGAAGAAAACGAAAUUCUCGAUUCAAUAUUCGUUGACGCCUUAUACAAACACAUAAUUAGUACUCUUGUUUUUGAAAAAUUUACAAAUAUUUACGGAUUUCUUGUUGAGAUUGUUCGUAGUUCUGUAGAUGUGAAAAUUAAUACUAUGUAUGAUAAAAUUAAUUCCAAAUUGUCCGAGGAAAUAUUUCUCACCGAAAAUGGAAGAGAAAUAAAAUUAGAAGAUUUGUCGGUUACAAAAAUUGUGGGAGAAUUUAUAGUGCCUUUGCUUCCGAAACUGAAGAAAGAAAUGAAUUUAACGGCAGUCGAUUAUAUUUACGCAGCAGCUGGAUCGGGAUUUUUGAAUUCUGACAAAGAAAAAAUAUUAGCAGCUGUGGAUUACAAAGAAAUCGAUGAUUUUACUACUAAUGAUCAGUUUAUUAAUUAUGUUACAACAGCACAUGUUAUUGAACAAUCUGUAAUUGGUGGUAAAAUUGAUAAAUCAGCUUUGGGGAUUUUUGGACUACCGGCACUACUUUAUUACGUUUACAAAGAGAAAGAAAUGCUUCGAACCCAAAGUACAGGACAAAUAAUUAAUAAUUCCACUUUAAGAAUUGAAGCCUACAGAAUGUUGUUCAGCUAUCUUAAUAAGACCUUUGCCCAAGUGGAACAAGCACGGAAUAAUGAUUAUAGAUAUCAAUUUUAUGCUGCUUUGUCAAAUUUUAAAAAUCGUACAACACUGGCCAGGGAGAACAUUAGUAGUAAAUGUUCCACGGUCAAGGACGAGGAUUUGAAGCAAGAGGUUCUUAAAUACAAAAAUAAUCCUGAUGAUUAUCAAUGUAAUAAUGAAAACGGGAAAAAAUUAGAGGAUGUUAAUCGUCUUUAUCAGGAACAGGUUAACAAUAUUGCUGGAAAAUAUUUGACUUAUGAAAAGGAAUCAAUUAGGGAAGCUUUUGGUACAGAUUUUAUUAGAUCCGUAGAUGCUAAUAAAGUAGAAAUAUCUAAGGGUUUUAUUACCUCUACUGCUAAUUUUAUAAAUUACCACGUAUUUCAAUGGGUGAAAGCUUCGGCCGAUUUGUUCCAAUUCAAAUUUAUGCAUAGUGGAACAAAAAUGUAUUUUGCUGUUUUAAGGGAGGAUAACGAAAUUUUUCUAAUGCAACAAAAUGAUGCUACUUGGAAUUGUUCUAAAAUUUCUAGGGGUGCUUCGUCUGAUACUAAUUCUGUAGAUUUUGCUGGUUCUGCAUUAGCUACUAAUUCUGCAGAUUUUUCUUGUUCUGCAACUGCUGCUGAUUUUGCAUCAUCUACUAAUUCUGCAGCUUCUGCAGAUUUUGCAUCAUCUACUAAUUCCCCUGCCUCUACUGGUUCUGUACCAAAUACCGUAAUCCAUUGCAACCCCAAUGCUUUUCGUAAAAAAUUAGAAAUGUCCAAAUCCGAAGUGUUUCGAAGCAAUAAUUUUCCGUAUGUUAUGAAACGCAAGGAUGAAAAGUUCGAGGUCUUUCUAAACCGAAUCGCAGAAGAAAGAGCAAAGAAUUUUAAUAAAAGUCUCCAACAAGAGGGAUACGAUCCAACAAGAAAAGAAUGGUGGAAAGAUUUUGGAUUAUCACUGCUUCCGUUUUACACCUGUAUUCAUGGAAUACGAACGAAAAAUGUCGAGGAAGCUGUAAUUGGCUGUUCACUCGAUGCUCUAUUUGCUCUGCCUCUAGUUGAGGAAAUUGGCUAUCUAGCCGAAAAAUUAACAACAACAAUCACUAGAUCGAUUAUGUCUUCUACAGGAACGACAUUUGGUUCCCUAACCCUAAAAAUGACAAUUCGAGAAACACUGGAGAAACUAGGUAGCGUUUUGGUAAUUUCAGCAGAAGAAUUGUCUACCUUCUUCAGUAGGGAAACAUUCCAAAAUCUCGGUCUGUCAGUACUCCGUUACGUCGAUCCGGGUUUUGAACUUAUUUACACGAUUGGCAAAGGAGGAUGGAGAUCCAUUAUCACCACAAUCAGUACUCUCAAAAAAUAUUCUCCUACUUUUGUUUCACUAGAAAAAACCUUAGCGGAAACCGAAAUCAAAUUAUCGGAUUCCUUGCUAAAAGUAUCCAAUCUCAACGAAAAGGAAGUCUACGUAAAUUCUCUAUCCGUAGCCAAAAAAUCAGGUUACGGUUACCAAUUCCUUCGGUUACCAAACAAACAAGUACAAAUUAGACAAAUUCGUGAAUACGGAGACAAAAUUCCAGUUGUAGUUGUUCACGAACCCAAAACAGGCGAAAUUACCUACAGGGCAAUAAACAUGGAUACUGGUCGAAUAAAACCAAAAGUUCUACAUCUUCAAAACCAAAAUUUGCCAAAAUCAGCAUUAUUAGUAAAAAUUAAAAUAAACAGUUUUCACGACCUACAAACAUGUACAAAUCCAAGAUUCAAAAGAUCUCCCACUAAAUUAUUAUGUCUACGAAAUAUUCUCCGGAACAAACGUGACGCAAUCGAAACAGCGGCUAUGAAUCUCCUUAAUCAACAAACAAUAUCUGUAAAAUUCGACGAAAUUCGUUCAAAAUUAAGAGAAUUCAUAUUUCCCGAUAAUGGUGAAUUACACAUGAAAUUUAUCACCGAUUGGAGUGAUUUAAUAAAAUCCGGUAGAAAAUCAGAAUUACCCACAUGGAGUAAAAAAUACGAAUUAGCUGAUCCAACUCUCUUUGAAAAAUUAAGAUAUUCAGAUACUGUCGAUAAAAAAGAAUUUAAAAUUCACGAAGCUUCGGAAAGAUUAGCGGAAAUUUUUCGCCUUCAAGAAAGAUCAUCGUCAAUAAUGACACAUCAAGAUUUUGAUUUUAUUCGACAAUUAUUCAACGAGGAUAAAGCAUAUGAAUCAGUGACAUUACAGGAUUAUUUUGCAAUUCGUGAAUACAUGGGUAUGGGUUAUAAACAAAUUGGUUAUAAUACAAAAACGGCGAAAAAAAUGCGCGGUGCACUUUAUCGUUUAGCAAUUCGUCAAUCGGACGAUCCUCUAGAAGAAUUUUCGAAAAUUUUAUAUCGUGGUGAAACACGAUCACCUGAAAUUGUGGAAAAAUUAUUUCUCACUGGCAAAAAUGAAAUAGAAUUAAAUCGUUUUACAUCAACGUCAACUAAUGAAGAAAUUGCUCGUAUGUUUCAAUUUUUCGGUAAUUCAAAGCAUGUAAAUAUAUUUUAUGAAAUUAAAUUCAAUGAACCAUUUUUUAGAGCAAAAGUUAUGAAUGUUGUAUUAAAUACUGGUGAAGCAGAGACAAUUCUUCUUCCAGGUAGUAAAUUUCACAUUGAUGAUGUGAAUAAAGUUUUGAUGAAUGGAAAAGAGGUAUUUAAAGUGAAAAUGACUUUUAAACAUAAUGCACUGACAAAGCACGAAUGGUAUAUUCGAAUUAUGAAUGAAUUGGAAAAAUUGAAAAAAAAUGAUGACAUUCCCUAUGAUAGUGAUCCGUCAUAAUUUUUGAAAAUUAGAAUGAAAAUUGAAAUAAAAAUUUAGAAAAAAAUACUCAAAAAAAAAAAAAAAAAAAAAAUACAUGACUUUAUUUAAAAUUAGCAUAAGUAAUCUUUUGUACAAAAGUUUCAUUUUAAUUUUAAUUAUAAUAGAAAAUUAUCAUUGUUAAUACA